AGUCCGUCAGCUAGUGGCACUUUGUUUGAUUGGGAGGGAGCUUACCUGCUACGAAUGCUCUUCAGCAACUUUUUCGCUUCUUCUUUGUUUGGUCUUCACCGGCUAGUCGCACUCUGCUCCAUUGCCGCUUACUAUAUAAGAGCCCGCGAGCAUGGCUAUCUCCUUCACAAGGCAGCGCUUUGUUGCACCAGCGAAACAUCGAUCAGAGUAGCUUCCACCGACCGCAGUUCUUUCCCCAGUUUCUCCAUAAACCAGCAGCAAGCACCCGAUGAAGCAAAAGAUUGUGAUCCAGGUGACCAUGCCGUGCGAGAAGAGCCGGUCCAAGGCCAUGGCGCUGGUCGCCAGAGCAGAUGGGGUGAGCUCGAUGGGGGUCACCGGUGACAGCAAGGACCGGCUGGAGGUGGUCGGCGACGGCGUCGGCACUAUCUGCCUGGUCAGAUGCCUGCGCAAGAAGCUCGGCCACGCCAAUAUCGUGCUGGUGGAGGAAGUGAAGGAGAAAAAAUCAGAGGAAAAGAAGCCGGAAGAGCCCAAGGUCGUGGCCCCGUCGCCGUAUUGCUACCCCGGUUACUACUACUACCACCACCACAACCUGUCACAGUCAUGGUAGUGACAAGUGCGGUGAAAUCAGACCAAUCUCUUGCAUUCUAUUCAUAUUGGUUCCAUAUUUGUAUUUGAUAUUAUAAUGUAAUGGGAAAAAAAGUUACGAAAUAAACUGUUUUGUUAGUGCCCAGUUGUUUGGAGAUUUUAUUUAUUUCACUCCACGUUACGUGACAUGUGCUGGGCUAUGAGAUUCGUGGGCUUAGUAUCUCAGAGUGUGUACAAAUCAGGGAAAACAUUAUCGAUGAUAAGAUUAUGAUAUUUCCGUUUUA